UUCUCAAUUUCCAGGUAAUUUUCUUGUGAAGAAUAUUUAUCAACAUGGCAAACGAGACUGACGAAAUCAAAACAUUGCGGUUGAUAAUAAACGAACAGAAUGAAGAAAUACGACGCUUAAAGGAGGAAUUAGAUAAAAAGGAAUCACCAGCAUUUCAGCCACUGACUGAAUUAGAACAACUUACAACUGUACCACUGAUGACAAAUAAUGAGAUUUCUCUUAGUAAUGAGGCCAUUUCUCGAUACAGCAGACAACUUAUUCUUCCUGAAAUUGGAGUGAAAGGACAGAAGAAAUUAUCUAAGACCAGCGCCUUGAUUGUUGGUGCUGGAGGACUGGGUUGUCCUGCAGCAAUCUAUCUUGCAGCAGCUGGCAUUGGUAGGCUUGGUGUUGUAGAUUAUGAUGAUGUUGAACUCAAUAAUUUACACAGACAAAUUCUUCAUACAGAGAAACGAAUUGGUAUCUCCAAAACUGCAUCCUUAGCAACUUCUUGUGCUCAACUAAAUUCCAGUGUACAGUAUAUACCAUACCAUUUACAGUUGACCAGCAGCAACGCCAUUGAGAUAAUUCAACAUUAUGACAUUGUGAUAGAUGCCUCUGACAAUGUUGCCACACGAUACCUUGUUAAUGAUACGUGUGUCAUCAUUGGCAAGCCUCUGGUUUCUGGUAGUGCUCUGCGAUUUGAAGGACAGUUGACUGUUUACAACUAUGAUGGAGGUCCCUGUUACCGCUGUCUCUUCCCUCAGCCUCCUUUACCAGAAACAGUAACUAACUGCUCAGAUGGAGGGGUUUUGGGCGUGAUUCCUGGAAUUAUUGGAUGUUUACAGGCCUUAGAAGUCAUCAAAAUUGCUUGUGGUUUACAGUCUUCACUGAAACAGCACUUACUUCUGUUUGAUGGUAUGGAUUGCUCGUUUCACAAAGUAAAACUUCGUCCAAGUCAAAAGAACUGCAUUGCUUGUGGAGAUGGGUCAAAACCAAAGCUGAUAGACUACGAACAGUUUUGUGGCUCUCAAUCAAAUGAUAAGGAAACUCAUGUAUCCACUUUGUCAAAUGAACAUCGAAUUUCAGCAGCGGAAUACAAAACUUUUCUUGACCAACACUUGCCUCAUGUCCUUAUUGAUGUUCGACAACCUGUUGAAUUAGAAAUCUGUUCUCUGCCAAAGAAGGCUAUCAAUAUUCCAAUGUCUGACAUAAGAAAUGCAAAGAAAAUCAAGUCACUGCUUUCAGAAGACCAAGAUCAGGGGAAAUUGAUUGUGGUGGUGUGUCACCAUGGUAAUGAUUCACAAAUUGCAGUGAAAAAGCUACAGGAAGUUUUUACCAACCUGAUUAUAAAAGACAUACGAGGUGGUAUCUCAGCUUGGGCCCAACUAGUACCAAAUUUCCCUCAAUAUUGAUGGAAGAACUUACUUAAUAUGUUCUGAACUAGCCAUAAUUAAGCUAAGUUUUAAUAAAUUAAUCUUAUUUUUAAAGUUUUGGCAUAUAAAUCAGUGAGUUGUUUGCAUUCUGUUCAACAGGGAGCCAUGAUAGUGAAUGAUAUCUCAAAAGCUAUUAUCAGUGUUGAGAAAACAAGACAAGCUGACAAGUACUUUCUCUGGACAUUCAGCAGCUUCUGCUUCAACAUUGACAGUUUUGACUUUUUUGUUAUCACAUUUUUUAAAUACACUUCCUGGAUGUUUAAUAUUGAAAAUAAUUUAAUAAACUAACUUCUCAUUUACUAUAA